UCUUUCCCCAGUAUUAAUUUCCCACCGCCUCUCUCGCCUCUUUCUGCAGUUCAAUAUUGGAGAUAUUUUUUUUCGCUCCGCGGGGUAGUUUCUGUUGGAUCUCUCUGCAAACCCUAACCCUAGGGUUUUCCCAUCGUUUCCUUCCGAGGCUCAGCAUCUUCUUCGAUCAUUCGGUAAGGAGAUGGCAGCUAAACCUUUGACAACUGAAGCAAUUGCUCUAACUGAGAAGAAGAUGGACAUGACUUUAGAUGACAUCAUUAAAAUGUCAAAGACUAAAGACACCAAGAAGCCUAAGAAUCAAAGAGUUUCUAAUCGGGGUCAGAAAUUUGGGAACAAUGUUGCUCAAGAUAAAUUUUCUAAAGCUCGAAGGUUUAUGGACACCAGAUCAUCUCUUAGACAGGAUCUUUUGUCAGGGAGCUCUUGCACAAAGAAGGUCUAACUUUCAGGGAAAUCAGUUUCCUGUGGCAACUGAAGCUGCUAGAAAGGCAGCUGUUGCUCCUCUUCGCAACAGAGCUUUUAGCAGAAAUAAAGCAUUCAAUCCAAAUAAACCAAGGGUUGGUGGCCCAGUUGUGCAGAAGUUCGUUGCAAAUGGAGGUGGCUCAACCUUGAAGAAACCAUUUCAACAAGCCAAUUCAAUGCCGAAGCAGAAGCCUCAAACUUUAGACGCCCUCUUCGCCAACAUGAAGGAGCAAAGAAUGAAGGCUGCCAUCUCUCAACAGAACACAGGAUCCAGACGAAACGUGGGCGGCCAGCCGAGAUUACCAUGGGCAAGAAAUCAUCGUCAUCAGAUAUAAUUCUAUUUCCCACUUCUGCUGCCGAUCUAAUGUGCUUGUAUUAGUCGAUUGCGAUCCUGCCCCGUCACUCGGCAGGUUCUUAAUUUUCUUCUGCAAUGAUGAUAGUUUGUUUCAGAAAUGCAUUGUACAGAAGAUUAUCGUGGUUUGAAUCUUUUCUAGAGUGAGUUUCCCUUUGCUUUGUUUGCUACAUUGAAAAGUUCAUUUUAAUGCUUGGUUUAUUAAGGCCCAAAACCAUUUAUUUGAUAA